AUGGGAUCCGGUGUUUUCACCUUAGUAUGGCCGAUAACAAAAUUAAUUAGAAUUACUAUGAAAAUAAAUUUAAUUAAAAAAAAAUUAUGCACUAAAAAAAAUUAAAAAAAAGGUUAUCGACACUGGGACUUCCCAAGCGGUCCCCCACCUUAGUACUAACCCAGCCUUAAGGCGCUUAACUUCGGAGUUCGAAUGGGAUCCGGUGUUUUCACCUUAGUAUGGCCGAUAACAAAAUUAAUUAGAGUUAUCGACACUGGGACUUCCCAAGCGGUCCCCCACCUUAGUACUAACCCAGCCUUAAGGCGCUUAACUUCGGAGUUCGAAUGGGAUCCGGUGUUUUCACCUUAGUAUGGCCGAUAACAAAAUUAAUUAGAAUUACUAUGA